AUGUCGGGCUCCUCCAAACCCCAUCGUCACGUUUCCCGGUCCCCUAUCUCCCUCGCCAUCACUAACGCCCACAUGCUCGGUAUCGUCCUUCGCGCUGCCCCCACUCUUGUCCCAAAGUAUAGACAGCUACCCGUCCAUCUACGUAUUCCCAAAGUCGUAGAACUCGAGCGGCGCUUCCGCCUCAGCUCGGAGCUCAGAGGCUAUCUCAUCGAUAGCUUCCCCUUGGAGCGGGUCAAGCACGCCGGGGCCGAGAUCUCCGCACCACCAACCGUCCGGAAGCACCAACCCCAGAACAUCCCCACCGCACCGUUCCCCUCUCCAGAGCCCAAACACCACGGUACCAUCCCGGGCAACUGGCCGCGCAAGGAUUCGUUCAGCAACGACCAGAAUCUUUCGGGCUGGGUCACGGUUCGCGAGCCUACACUGGCUAAGAUAGCUCGGGAGAGGUGUGAGGGGACUACCCUUUAUCGCAAGAGCAGGCUCAGCGUGAGCUACACUCCUCAGGUUGCGGAGAGCCUCGACGUCUUCGUUCAGCUCCCGGUCGAGUCGGACUCGGGCGGCAGCGAUCGCAUCAAGACCCCCGGUACCAGUCGCGGCGUCUCUCCGGGGCAGUCUCGUAUCGUCAGCGACGACGACCACAUCAUCAGACCCCCUCGUCAUCGCAAGCCCAUCGGCGGUAUCCCCCUUACUCCCUCCAAUAUUGGCGGCACCCCGGCGGACAAGUUCGACCAUUAUACCCGCACUCCUCAUCGCAGCAAGGGCAGGAAGCGUGCCCCAUUGCCGCGCUCAGAGUCGGACUCGAGCUCGGACGGUAUCACUGGGACUCGGCAUCCUACCCUACCUCCCAACGACCAGGCCGCGCAGCAGGGUCAACACACUUUAGAGCUGUACACUCUCGCCUCUCACCUCGGCCUUUCCGUCCACAAUCGUUCCAGCUCAGCCACGCCGCGCUCUUUCCCGUCGAACCGGGACUUCCUCGCUACGGACGCGGGUGUCACUCUUCGCAAGCCUAAAGAGGUCGACGGCUACCGUUUCGGUUCGGGCUCCUCUAAGCCAUGGAGUCUGGAUCGAGCCGUUUCGGCCUCUCGCUGA